AUGUGGUCUUACGAAAGCGAACAGGCUCGACUGCAAGAACUCUUAGAAUUAGAAAUUUUGAACGACGAAGGACAAGGAAUUGCAUACGACGAUCACUCUGAUACGGAUCAGUCUGAUGAAGAAGAGGAUCGUGUAGAGCAGCAAAAUGAGAACAGCGACACCGAGCAGGAUAUUUCCGAUGACGAGGAAAUGGGAGAAGAAAGUCCCAACAGUCGAUUAUCGUUUUAUGGAAAGGAUAAGGUCACGCGUUGGAGAAAAGUGGUUUCACAUCCCAAAACACGCAAAACACGUCAAAUGAAUAUUGUGAAACGUCUACCAGGCUCCUCAUUGACAACACGAAACUUGAGAGAACCACUGGAAAUAUGGGAGUAUUUUUUCAACGACGAGAUACUCGACAUUAUUGUCGAGUGCACCAACGAAUAUAUUGAAUCUGUUCGUAAUAAUUUUAUGCGAAAAAGAGACGCAACCCCGACUAAUCUAAUUGAAAUUCGUGCAUUCAUUGGAGUCAUUUAUAUGGCUGGUGUGUAUCACGCAAAUCGUCUCAAUGCCGAAGAUUUAUGGAGUAAUGAUGGGUCUGGUGUAGAAAUUUUUCGCCUCGCCAUGAGUUUGCAAAGGUUUAGAUUUCUAAUUCGUUGCCUAAGAUUUGACAGUAAAGAGACUCGAGCAAUGAGAAGAGAAACAGAUAAAUUGGCUCCUAUACGCAAUGUUUUUGACCGUUUUGUUGCUAACUGUCAGAACGGAUUCCACCACUCCGAAUUUGUGACCGUGGACGAGAUGCUGGCCGGAUUUCGAGGAAAAUGCAGUUUUCGUCAGUACAUUCCAUCGAAGCCCAAUAAAUACGGGUUAAAAAUUCUAGCAUUGUGUGAUGCCAAACUCUUCUACACAAGCAUGAUAAAUUUUGCUUCAUUUAAGACUUCUAUGUGGUUGCAAGGAUUACGGUUCCUAUUCGGGCGAUAA